GGGCUGAGGCGGAGUUGCAGCGCGCGCGGCUCGGCGAGGGUGUCUCCUGCGCGCGGGGAGGCGGAGGACCGGGAGGCGGAGGAGGAGGGGGAGGAGGAGGAGGGGGAGGAGGGGGAGAAUGCCCGGAGCCGCCGCCGCUGCCGCCGCCGCCGCCGCGAUGCUCCCGGCUCAGGAGGCUGCCAAGCUGUACCACACCAACUAUGUGCGGAACUCGCGGGCCAUCGGCGUGCUGUGGGCCAUCUUCACCAUCUGCUUUGCCAUCGUCAACGUGGUGUGCUUCAUCCAGCCCUACUGGAUCGGCGACGGCGUGGACACCCCGCAAGCCGGCUAUUUCGGGCUCUUCCACUACUGCAUCGGCAACAGCUUCUCCCGGGAGCUGACCUGCAGGGGCAGCUUCACGGACUUCUCCACGCUGCCCUCGGGCGCCUUCAAAGCCGCCUCCUUCUUCAUCGGCCUCUCCAUGAUGCUCAUCAUCGCCUGCAUCGUGUGUUUCACCCUCUUCUUCUUCUGCAACACGGCCACCGUGUACAAGAUCUGUGCCUGGAUGCAGCUCACCUCCGCUGCCUGCCUUGUGCUUGGCUGUAUGAUUUUCCCCGAUGGCUGGGAUUCAGAUGAAGUGAAACGGAUGUGUGGAGAAAAGACAGACAAGUACACCCUCGGAGCUUGUUCAGUCCGUUGGGCAUAUAUCCUGGCUAUUAUUGGAAUUUUGGAUGCCCUGAUCCUCUCAUUUCUAGCAUUCGUGCUUGGUAAUCGACAAGACAGCUUGAUGGCAGAGGAACUGAAGGCAGAAAACAAAGUUCUGCUAAGCCAAUAUUCUCUAGAAUGAGCACAAAAAAAAAUCAAAUAACAGCUAAACAAAUCGAAUAACAGCUUUUGUACAUCAACAUCAAGAAGGAAGACGCUUGGGAGAGAUCAGAGUCUAGAGACGAAUACGGAAGAGUGAAAUAUCCACUCGGCAAAGCACCUUCUACAUCUAGAUCUGCAGAGAUGGGAGUGAUUUUUCUGGAAAGAGAUUAAACACCAGCUCAUUGGAAACUGUCAUUGGAUACGAUCGGAUAACAUUCAUGAAAAAGCAUAUUCAGGAAAUAUUUUAAGGAAGAGGGAUAUAAACAUGCUAGAAUUCAUAUGUAACAUACAUAAGUAUGGAGGUUUGUUAAACUGCCCUUUUUGAAUCAAACUGAAAACAAAAAGCUUUAAUCUUUCAAUAGGAUAAAAAAGAAAAGAAAAGAAAAGGGCAGUUCGUUCUAGAUUAUUCCUAUCUCAGUAGGCAAGAGGCCAAUCAAGUGUCAUGAUUGAGGAAGCAUCUUAGAAAAUGCCUCUGACCUUUGGUUCUCCAUCUCUAUUGUUCAUUUAUUUCACUGUGUCAUUAGUUACAACCACUCAGUUAUUAAGAGAUGUAACGCUUCGAACUUUUUAACCAAGUCUGUGUUCGGUUUAAUCUGUCUGUACGAGUUAUUACUGAGGAAGUGUUUCUGACAUAUACUAUUACUCCAUCAAGCUGUAUAUUACAGGAAGUACAUCUUUACAUCAUAGGCUCCCACGAAUUUAGAUUUCCCUCUCUUUCAGGAAACAGCAUCGAGGAACU